GGCCACGAUCGGCCGCGAACUGCUCCCGCAAGCCCCCUCUGGCCCGCUCGCCCCCGCCCCGCUCGUCUCGCUCGUCCCGCGCACGGCCGCCGCCGCUCCGCUCGCCCCGCUCGCUGACGCCCCCCUUUGUCGAUGCCCCGCCCCGCUAGCCCCGCGCAUGGCCGCCGCCGAUCCGCUCGCCCCGUGCAUGGCCGUCGUCGCUCCGCUCGCCCCGCGCCGCACGCGCCCCGGGCCCGCCGGAGCCCCGCCGCCAACCCCUCCACCUCCCUACCACGCCGCCACCAUCGUUCGCCAUCGCAGUCCGCCACCGGACGUCGCCGGCGCAUCUCCUCGACUGUGCUUCCAUCCCUCACCCACCUCACCAUGCAUCUUCUGGACUCCGGAGGAUCCCACGGGAGGUUGCCCGUGGCUGUGCCGACGAGGAGCGUCGGAUGCGAUGGACAUCCAUGAUGGGGAUGGCGUCGCGAGGGCUGCGUCUAGUGGUGGACUCCCACAUCACGCCCUAGAUGAUCGAACUACAGGUUAGAUUCUCCGCGAGAGUGAGAUUUCACUCUGCAGCUUGACGAGCCAACCACUCUGGUUUGGUCAAGCCAUAGUAGACUGCUUUACCUCCAGGCCACAUGAGAAAAUUCCAGCUCAUGGGAGAUCAACCAACGACACAAGACCCUUGCAAGCGCCGGCGCCCGCCCAGCAGCUGGUUGCCAUGAUUUGCCGUCUCACUUGGAUUGGCUUCUCAAUGAAUCCCCACGGCAGGAGUAUGCGAGCUUACAGGCUUGAGUGGCUCAGCAGCAGCAGCAGAGAUAUCAAGCCGCAUUUUCUUGGAUAAUUCCAUGACAACUUUCAUCUCUGCAACGCAAAAUGAGCAGGGGCAGACUAAUUAGCCUUAUUUAUCUUCAAUAGAUGCAUGCAUAUGCAAGAUCAAGAACCGAUAUGUUCAGAAGACCCUUGAAAUCAACAGGGGAACAUCUCUCUGUUCAUGAAGCAUCGCCAACGCUAGCCCUUGUUGGCUUAUUGCCCAUGGCGACCGAGCAGGCGGGAGAAGGUUUUAUGUCCCGAUGACGACUAGGGCGCUUGUGAUGCUCAGGUUGGCGUGACUGAUGAUGUAUAGCCAUUCCUGGGAUCUGGAAGAUUUGGUACUCAUUGGCCGAGUAGUAGGUCUCUUCAUGCAAGUUUUAAUAGGCAAACUGUUCUCUUUUCUGCCACACAGACUCAGGACGUUAGGGGAUCUAUUAUUCAGCCUAUUCAAAUUUCCCCCCAAUUUUUUCGGCGGCAAUGCUUAUGUCGUGUCAUCCCACAUGUUGUAGAUUUUACAAAUUUUACGUUUGGGAAAAAGGAAGAAAGACAACGAAAACUUGUUUAUAUUGGAGUAGAUGACUCUGAGUUAAAGAAGGUGGGUGGACUCUCAAAAGGCCAUCUGAGGUUUCUGCAGCUGACGGUGCCGGGCUUCCCAUUGCUGCAGGCACAACACUAUAGGCAUUGGGGUCCAUUGGUGCCAAGUUUGCCGGCAUCGGCAAGCCAUUAAAGAAAAAUUGACAGGAAAUCAGGGAGGCAGAUAAAGUGAAAGCCGUGAUCAAGAGGAAGUCAAUCUGAAGCAGAACUGGAAUUGGGGAAGUAAUCUUGCGCUCUCCCAGCCAGACAUGGAAAAUUAUGGAGACAUGUCUCUGACGAACAUGGGAGCUGAAGAUACAUAUGCCAUAGGCCAUGUCAAGCACCAGCUUUAUCUUCCGGGGUGAUUUGUUACUUUUCCUGGUCGUGUUCCUAGACGGGACUAGGAUUUUCGUUUGCAUCGGUGCCUAAUCAGUCGCCGGGUGCCAGCUAUAUUCUAAAGUGAGUGAUGGUAUUUUUCCAGUGUUCAAGUACCUGCAACAUUGGAAGCAGGGACUCCUAUACAUGGGCUUGCUACAGUCUUGCUUUCAGUUCUGACAGUCGUUGUUUCUCGUCGGGUCGAAAUGAGAAACUAAGGUGUUACGUCUCACCUCUCCAGUGACCACUCUCGCGCCUCCUCUCCUCCUACAUAUUACUUUUGCGCUUCCCCACCAACGGACCUUUCGCCAUGCCCGCGUCCGUCAUGCCCACGAUGCAGCCAUGGUGGUAUGACCGGCCGUAGCCCAAUGUCACGGUGGGGAGGUCGGGGUCGUCCAAGCUUCGACAGAAGUUGAUGAGGAAGAGGAGAGGUAUGCGAGUUGCAAUGGUGGAGGGCUGGAGCCUGGAGGCAGUGUCGGGAGGUCGAGGAUGAGAAAUAUGCGCUCCGUAGUGUGUGAGUGCAGCAUGCUCGCCGGGAUGCCACACAGAUGGGCGCCAUCAGGAUCCAUGGCUGGGUCAAUUUGGAGGUCAACUCCAGCAGGGCCACUGCCGUGAUGUGCCUCAUCAUGCUGGUGAUCUCAAGUGUGUUUUUGGUCUGAGAUAUAAGUUUUGUGUUUGGUGAGUCACUUUUGUAGGUGCAUGAGGGACAUCGGUGCGACGCGCUGCGGCAUGGUUGCGGGAGGAGCUGCGGUGCAAGACAUGGAUUUGUGAGCCCUCCUGUGAAAGAAGGCGACGGGCGAGAUGAACACAAGCGGCCCCCGACGGCGUACAUGGGCUCAAGCCAGCACGGGUUCACGGCGGAGCAGCUGCCUCACAAUUCGAUGUGCUCUUUUUAUUCCUUUUCAGAUCCAUUUUCCCACAUAGCUCUCAAUAAGAACUAGGGAUCAGGAAAUUGAUCGCUUCGAAGUAAUGAGCAUAUGUAUUCUUUCUUAUGCAUGAAGGUAUAUAUGAAGCAUGUUGUUGUUGUCAAUUCUUGCAGCACAGGGGAUUUUUGGUGAUCAAGCGGUCAACCCAUCAGCCAAUGCCCUCAUAUUCUUCAUUGGGUGUGCUUACACCUUUUUUUUGUAAGAUGGCACAUGGUAGCGCUGCUAUAGUAUAUCAAGAGAAGAUUUACAAAAUCUGCAGGUGUAUAAUUACACUUGAUCUAUGCAUCUUUGUCCAAAUUGGAAUAAAUCUUGUGCAGCGCGAAUGUCAUGUGAAGACGCUACUGAGAGUUGUGCCGUUGUUUGAAAAACUAGCAAACCUGGAAGCUGCACCAGCAGCUCUCGCACGACGUUUCUCCGUUGAGUGGUACAGAAACAACAUCAAUGGUAAACAAGAAGUAAUGAUUGGUUAUUCAGAUUCUGGGAAGGAUGCUGGCCGUUUCUCUGCUGGCUGGCAACUGUACAAAGCUCAAGAGGAGCUUAUUAAGGUUGCGAAGGUGUUUGGGGUUAAGUUGACUAUGUUCCACGAACGAGGAGGAACUGUUGGAAGAGGCGGGGGUCCUACUCAUCUUGCUAUAUUGUCACAACCUCCAGAGACAAUCCAUGGAUCACUUCGGGUAACUGUUCAAGGUGAAGUCAUGGAGCAGUCCUUUGGGGAGGAGCAUUUGUGCUUCAGAACUAAUAAAACGUUAAGUGUUGCUUGUUGGGUCACUGCAACUUUGCACCAUGUUCAGUAUUAUAUAUUAUAUUGUGCACAGUGCCAGAGACAUAUAUGUUACUAAUAUGCAUGUAUUUAUGGCAUUGUAUGAUUUUGUUUA